AUGCAACAUCUGCUAGGGGAGGGAGGCUUCUCCUACGUCUAUCUGGUCCAAGAUACAUCAACAUCCCAACUCUACGCUCUGAAGAAGAUACGCUGUCCCUUCGGCCAAGAAUCCGUCUCGCUCGCCCUGAAAGAAGUGGAAGCCUAUACCCUCUUCUCGCCCCAUCCGAAUAUCAUACAUUCCGUCGACCACUCCGUUGUCUCUGCAAAAGACAAAUCGGAUCCGGGGGCUAAGACCGUGUACAUACUCUUGCCAUACUACCGGAGAGGGAACCUCCAAGACGCCAUAAAUGCAAACCUGGUCAAUCAUACAAAGUUCCCGGAGCGGAGGUUAAUGAUACUAUUUCUAGGAGUGGCAAGGGCGCUGAAGGCGAUGCAUCAGUACAGAGUGAAAGGCGCGCCGGGAGGAGUAGCGUCGCAGAGGAAGGCAAAGGGUGUGCGGCAAGAGGCGGCCGAAGCAGAUCAAGAUGCCGCGAAAAAGAACAAGAAACGGCGGCGGAGAGAAGAGCCCGAGCGAGAUCAGGAGGACGUAGAACAGGAACCGUUGAUGGAAGGAGAGGUCACAAGGUCGCAAGAAGGGGUGGGAGAAGGAGAGCUACGAGCUUACGCGCAUAGAGAUAUAAAACCUGGCAUGUUAUUUGUCUGGGUUUCGCAUAUGGCUUGCUGA